AAAAGAGCCCGUCAAGACCUCGAGCCUAGGAAUAAAAGAUUCUGGGGUUUUUCCUGGCCGCCAGGUUGGAAAGGCAACAUCGCAGGCCGCUGGUUCUGGACACUUAUGACCCGGGCCCUUGAGCUCCCUGGACUCUUAGGCCCUGGCGAAGAGGGGAAGUAGGGGGCUUUUUUUUUUUUUUUUUCCCCCCCCUGAGGCGGACCUUUGACUGCAACGCACCGGAAGUGGCACGCUGGGAGACCCGCAGGAGCGGCCGAGACGUGUCGGUCUGGGGCGCGCUGGGAGCGCUUCCCCAGGUUUGUGGGCUGGGAAAGCUGCAGCAAGGUGACUCUACACGUAUCCUUCUCGGGGCCAGCAGGCCAGCAGCGUGGGGCGGCGACGACGGCGACGGCCGGGGCUGGGAGCGCUGGCGGCCGGGGUCCCAGCCAUGGCCGAGUCUGUGGAACGGCUGCAGCAGCGGGUCGAAGAGCUGGAGCGGGAACUGGCCCAGGAGAGAAGUCGCCGCGCCCUGGGGAGCGGCGACGGAGGAGGCGGUCGGGCCCGCAUUGAAAAUAUGAGCUCCGAGGUGGUGGAUUCCAACCCCUACAGCCGCCUGAUGGCUUUGAAACGAAUGGGAAUUGUGAGCGACUAUGAGAAAAUUCGUACCUUUACUGUAGCAAUAGUAGGUGUUGGUGGAGUUGGCAGUGUGACUGCUGAAAUGCUGACACGGUGUGGCAUUGGUAAGUUGCUACUCUUUGACUAUGACAAGGUGGAACUGGCCAAUAUGAAUAGACUUUUCUUCCAACCUCAUCAAGCAGGAUUAAGUAAAGUUCAAGCAGCAGAACAUACUUUGAGGAACAUAAAUCCUGAUGUUCUUUUUGAAGUACACAACUACAAUAUAACCACAGUAGAAAACUUUGAACAUUUUAUGAAUAGAAUAAGUAAUGGUGGAUUAGAAGAAGGAAAACCUGUUGACCUAGUUCUUAGCUGUGUGGAUAAUUUUGAAGCUCGAAUGACAAUAAAUACAGCUUGUAAUGAGCUUGGACAAACAUGGAUGGAGUCUGGGGUCAGUGAAAAUGCAGUUUCAGGGCAUAUACAGCUCAUAAUUCCUGGAGAAUCUGCUUGUUUUGCGUGUGCUCCACCACUUGUAGUUGCUGCAAAUAUUGAUGAGAAGACUCUGAAACGAGAAGGUGUUUGUGCAGCCAGUCUUCCUACUACUAUGGGAGUGGUUGCUGGGAUCUUGGUACAAAAUGUGUUAAAGUUUCUGUUAAAUUUUGGUACUGUUAGUUUUUACCUUGGAUACAAUGCAAUGCAGGAUUUUUUCCCUACUAUGUCCAUGAAGCCAAAUCCUCAGUGUGACGACAGAAACUGUAGGAAGCAGCAGGAGGAAUAUAAGAAAAAGGUAGCAGCACUGCCCAAACAGGAGUUAAUUCAAGAAGAAGGAGAGAUAAUACAUGAAGACAAUGAAUGGGGUAUUGAGUUGGUAUCUGAGAUUUCAGAAGAGGAACUGAAAAAUUCUUCAGGUCCAAUCCCUGACUUACCUGAAGGAAUUAUGGUGGCAUAUACAGUUCCCCAAAAGCAAGAAGAUUCUGUACCUGAAGUAACAGUAGAAGAUUCUGGUGAAAGCUUGGAAGACCUUAUGGCCAAGAUGAAGAACAUGUAAAUAAUGGACUGGCCUAUAUUUUAUUUCCUAUGUUUAAACCUGUUCCCUUGCAAUUAAAAAAUCAUUUAAAAACUGAGAAAACUUAACAUCAAUUGAUGUGUAAUCUUCACUGAGUUGUUAUUAACUCUUUGGAAAUACUGUGACUGUUGCUUCUUGCUCCCCUCCUUUAACUAAAUCAGAAACUCUCUUAAAACUCAUGUUUCAUUCUAGUAAGAAAACUUCAAAGGAUUAAUUGUAGGUUAGCCACUGAACUGUUUUGACCUUUGGGGUGGCGGGGUGAGAAGAAAGGACCAAUUUGCUGGUAUAUUCCUUUUCUUUCCGAUAGAUAGAAUAGUGUGUGAUCAAAUACAGGGAAAGAACAAGAGGAACAGCAUGUUGAUUAUUACAGCCAGCGGGCACAUACUCAUUGUGUUUGGAAUUGCUCUCUACAAGAAAAUUGCCCACUACUACUAACUUGAGCAAUAGUGAAUUUCAAGUUGUAAACCUACAAAAUAAAAACAUCCUCUCAAGUGUUUCCUGAUGAAAUAUAAGGUGAAAUGUAGGCACUGGAAAAGUUUGUAAACUUGUGAUAUAUAUAAUCUAAGCAAGACAGGCAAAUAAAAAGAAACUUCCUUCAUGGAUAGUCAGAUAAAGAUAUUUUCAGGAUGUACAAAUUGUAUUUCUGUACUAAGAAAAAGCAUAUCAUCUGUCUGAGUCAGUGUGCUUUACUGAGGAGCAAAAGAUAAGUUUAGGCUUAAGAUCACCUAAAUUGUACCCAUCAUAUGGGCUACCUUCUAAUACUUUACUUUAUUCAAAUUUGAUUCCCUGGGUAAUUAGUUACUGGCAAAGGCUUGUCCUGGGUAGCAGAUAAUAAAUGAAGCCUAAAUUACUUCUGAAAUGAUUGACGUGUAUUUUCU